AUGUCUUCUCAAGAAGACAUAAAUCCGGACAGUUCGCCGGACUCUCCCGGCUUCAACAAGGACGCGGCCUUCGAAGCGAAGCCGAAGCCGAAGGCCAUCCGGGUUUUGACCGUGUUAGCGUACGUCCUCAGCGUCUCGAUGGCCGCCAUCAUGCUGUCCAUUUACUAUAUUUUCAUGUGGGACGGCCGGCCCCACAUAGGGGCCAGGCGUGGUGGACCCGAAGCGGGCCACGAGAGUUUCAGCAUUCCAAUUCAGUUCACCGAAUCAGUAGAAAAUUUCACAGAACCUCAUCACUACAUGCCAAACCUCAUUUAUUUUACCAGAAGAAACUCUUCAGCAAAAAUAGAACAGUGGAAAGCUAAUGAGAAGCCAGUUGAAGGAACAGAGGGAAUGUUUACAUCUUCUUCUUCUCCUUCAUUCUUCACACAUUCAGUUGAGAAUAAUAGUAUUGAUUCAGUUGAAAAUAAUAGUACUGAUCAGAAUUAUACAUAUUAUCAUGAGACUACAGAGAUGCAGCAACAAUUGGCAGAUGGCGAUUCCGAAGCAUUGAAAAUCCUUCCGGCCUAUGAGACUGCGACUGAAACCAGUUCUACUGAAAACACUACCUGGCCACGGGACUAUGAAACGCUGGAAGAUUUCAGUGGGGCCAGCCCUUUCAUGAAAAAACUGAUGGACCACAGAUACGAGGAGGACUACUAG